GACUGGGCCACUAGUGCAGACUCCCGAAAAUUUAUUCAUCCUUGUAAAGUUUUGCUUGACCUCAAACGGUCUCUUUCCACUGUUAUUAAUUUAUUAAUUAAUAUUUUCAGAAAAUGGCAACAAACCCUCUUCAUAUUAUUGUCAGAUCCCUCUCAACCUCAUCUGUAAAACAGCAGUUGAUUAAGCCUCCAAUUCAAAUUUUUGGACUAGAAGGGCGAUAUGCAACUGCACUUUAUUCAGCCGCAACAAAGUUGAAACAGCUGGAAACUGUUGAAUCAGAGCUAAUUAAAUUUCAGGGAACAUUGAAGACUGACAAGAAGUUAAAUGAAUUCAUCAACGACCCUUCUCUGAAACGACCAUUGAAAGUUGAAGCCUUGAAGCAGGUUGCAUCAACUAUGAAGAUGUCACCACCAACUGCUAAUUUGGUUGGAUUGUUGGCAGAGAAUGGCAGGUUAAAAAAUCUAAAUGCUAUAAUCAACUCAUUCAAAGCAAUCAUGUCUGCACACCGUGGUGAGAUUCCGUGCGAAGUGACGACAGCCAAGCCUUUGGAUGAUGCAACCAAACAGGAGCUCCAAGCAGCGUUGAAAUCUUUUGCCAAGAAGGGAGAGAACAUACUUCUGCAAACAAAGGUUGACCCCAAUAUUAUUGGAGGCAUGAUUGUCAGUAUUGGCGACAAGUAUGUGGACAUGAGCAUUGCAAGCAAGAUUAAGAAAUUACUCUGAGAUUAUUCAAUCUGCAGCUUAAAACAUACCGACUAUCAUAUAUUGUAGUAGAAGUCAGGUAACUGUACAUACAUUACUCCUUCUGCCAUUUUCUCUUGAACAGUAAUUGAAGUUUAUUGUCAAUAAACCUUACACAUUUAAA